AUGGCUGUGCAGCGACACGUGAUUCAACCUCAGGCCAGAGGCUCAAAAUUUGGGCAACAGCAUCUCGGUCGCUCGAAAACGCCCAAGACAGCGCGCCGUGGAGCAAAGCGCGCGACAAGCGCUGCGACAAGCAGGUUGCCGGAACCGCCCGUGAUAGACAACCAACGGAAGUGGGAUAUAGCAAAGAUCGUCAUUAGAUCGAUUUCGACACUUGUCGCCAUCGUCGCCACAUGUCUCGCAUUGGUCUUUGUGCCUCAUCGACGGUACGAUCCAGUUGCAUACGCACUCCCUACUUCUCUAUCAUGCAUCAUUUGGAACUCUGCAGAGUUCAUUGUGCUAUGUGUACGCCGCGACAGGUCCAAGGGCAUUCACCCUGGUGCACAUGUUGGGGUCGACUUGCUCAUUUUUGGAGGCGCCAUUGUAUCGACGAUGUUCAUGUUUAUUAAUAGUAAUUCCAUGAGGAACUACUACGACGCCAGUGUCGCUGCUUACUACUGGCCUACUGACCGCUACCUCAUACUUGUUCUGGGCGGCGUCAUUGCCCUACUUCUGCCGAUACACUUCGCCCUGUUUGUGCGGGCAUGCGCUGAGACAGACCAUAUAGCGAGAGAUCGCCGGGUCCAGCAACUCUUCCUAGCGUUCACCCAGAGGGCGGAGCUUGCGCGGGAGGAUAUCCAUUCAACACAUCAUAACCCGGUCCCCCCAAGGGAGGUACAGCGUUUUGAUAUCGACAUGGAGCGGGAGCUAGGGCUGAAGUACGGCAACACAGGCCUCUUCAUCCCGGACAGAGAGUACAACCAGAAAGUGUUGAUUGAUGACCUUGUACGGAUGACUAGAAUAAGACGCAGCAGUGUCUAA